AUGUCGGAGGAGCAAGGGCGCCCUGCUGAAUCGAGCAUGGCGAAGCCGGCGAGGUGGAAGGAGCUCCACGGCGAGCGGCGGUGGGACGGGCUGCUUCGCCCGCAGCUGGACCUGGACCUGCGCCGCACUGUGAUCUGGUACGGCGAGAUGGCGCAGGCGGAGUACGACGCGUUCAACCACGAGAAGCUCUCGCCGCACGCCGGGCUGUGCAGGUUCGGCAGGCGGCGCUUCUUCGAGCGCGUGAUGCUGCCGGACCACGCCGCAACGUACCGGGUCACCAGGUUCCUCUACGCCACGUGCUCCGCCCCCUCCGUCAGGGGCGCCGCGUUCGUGGGGCCGCACGGGAGGGGCAGGCGCUGCAGGGAGUCCAACUGGAUCGGGUUCGUCGCCGUGGCCACCGACGAGGGGAAGGCCACGCUCGGGAGGCGCGACAUCGUCGUCGCCUGGCGCGGCACCGUCGAGGCGCUCGAGUGGGUCAACGACCUCGAGUUCGUCAUGGUGCCGCCAAGGGGCCUCCUCCGCGACGCACACGGCCGAACCGACGCCAUGGUGCACCACGGCUGGCUCUCCAUCUACACCUCCACCGACCCGGCGUCCAGCCACAACAAGGACAGCGCCAGAGACCAGGUGCUGGCUGAGGUGAGCAAGCUGGUGGACACGUACAAGGAGGAGGAGGUGAGCAUCACGACGACGGGCCACAGCCUCGGGGCGGCGCUGGCCACGCUCAGCGCCUUCGACAUCGCCGAGAACGGCUACAACGGCACGUUCCCCGUCACGGCGUUCGCGUUCGCCAGCCCGCGCGUGGGCGGCGCCGGCUUCAGGAAGCGGUUCGACGCCGCCGGCAAGCUCCGGCUCCUGCGCGUGCGCAACGCCCACGACAUCGUGCCCAGGUACCCGGCGCUUCCGUACCACGACGUGGGCGCCGAGCUGGCCAUCGACACCGGCGCCUCGCCGUACCUCAGGGCGCCCGGGGACGAGCGGGUCUGGCACAACCUCGAGUGCUACCUCCACGGGGUGGCUGGCGUCAAGGCCGGAGGAGGGUUCGAGCUAGCGGUGGAGCGGGACGUGGCGCUCGUGAACAAGUCAUACGGCGCGCUCAGGGAGGAGCACGCGGUGCCGGCAGCAUGGUUGGUGCCGGCGAACAAAGGCAUGGUGAAAGGAGACGAUGGGCGCUGGAGCCUCGUCGACUUCGAGGAGGAGGACGGGGAGGACGCCGUCCUGCCACUGAACAACAAGUGA